AUGUAUUUCCUCAAGUACUUCACGGUGGUGCUCCUGUCUGCGCUUGCGAUUGCGACCCCGUCACCGGUGCAGAAGGGAGCUGAACUGCCUCAACGAGUCGAGGAGCGCGCACCGUUGAACACCGACAUCACCUCUCUCCUCACCAAUAUCAUUCCGGAUGUCCAGGCCCUGACCUGCAAACCAAGAUCCUCGUCAAUUCGGCCAGCGGUCCCCUACACUCGACCUCGACUCACGACGGACUCUAUCAACGGCAUCAAGACUCUUCUGUCCAACGCGGAGGCACUAUUGACGGAGAAGUUCGUCUACCAACAGGACUCAUCAACGAUGUUGCACCAGUAA